GCUAACGUGGCAGGUUGGAGUCGAAUAAGAUCUGAUAGUCGAAUAAGUUCUGAUAGUCCUGAUAGUUCCUAUAGUUCGGUAGGCAGCAGCAUCAAGCUAGUGAAAAAUCUCUGGUGUGUCCUGCUCAUGUCAAAACAUUUCUGAAAAAUGCUCUGUGAUCUGAUUAUUUUACCUCCAAGUGAAAUAAGAUCGCAAGUUAGCAGGCGAGUGAGAAGGACUAAAAUGGUUGACCAAGUUCAGGGGCAACAGUUGAUCUUGUUCUAUAGUAAGGAUAUUUGAAUGAAAAAUACUUUGUUGCCAGUAUUUCAGUGUAGAAAUAAAACUAACAUAUCUAUUUUUUGGAAUAUUAAUAUGUCAUGUGACGUUUCAGUUUAAUCAAGUAGCGCAAAUUCUACAGUUUCUCUUGAUUUUUCUGCCUAUAAAGCUGCAGAGAAGGCAAACAACCAUCUCAUCACCGGAGUUUAAUUAUAACCAACCUACAUUUCAUUUUAAUUACAUGUAAUAAAUCUAAUCUAGAGAGUAAUCUCAGUACAGUAGACACUCUGGCUAGUGCUUAUUUUUCUGCAAAAAUGUCUAAUUCUAGUUCCUAGAUGUUCCUAGAUGAUUAUAUUCAUUUAUCUGCCACUUUUUAAAACCAGGACAUCAUCUUUAUUCCCGAGUUACAAUCCGAUCUAUGAUUGUUAACAUGUGAACUAACAGUGUGCUUAAAUUCAGCUUACUACAUGUUCACAGAAACACGAUGAAGCCUUCAGCAAUCCUUCAAAACUGAGAGAUGACACACUUUUUGACAUUUCACUCACACUCACCCAGAAAAGCUGACAGCUCUGAUAUCCCCCCACCACAAAAAAAUAUAGAGACAUGGAUAUUUAUAACACCCUGCAAAUCUCGUACAAUUCCAUGAUACAUUUUUUUCCCUCUCCACGAUAUGCUGAUAUUUCUUACUGACGUGACACACUCUGGAAUGUGAGACGCUUCAGAUGUGAUGCGCGUUCGCCUCCAGUACCUUUUGUUGCUAAGUGACGGCAGCCUCGUCAGUAUAGCCCUGAUGUAAGAAGGUGUGCGGAGUAUGUGGUGAUGUCCAUGGGCAGUUCUUUGACCUCAUGAAGCUUUUCGAGGUGGGAGGAUCACCGGACAACACACGCUACCUCUUCCUCGGUGACUACGUUGACAGAGGUUACUUCAGCAUUGAGUGUGUGCUGUUCCUGUGGGCGCUGAAGAUCAACCACCCGACCACACUCUUCCUGCUCAGAGGCAACCAUGAGUGCCGGCAUCUCACAGAGUACUUCACCUUCAAACAGGAGUGUAAAAUCAAGUACUCCGAGCGCGUGUACGACGCAUGCAUGGAAGCGUUUGACUGUUUGCCCCUUGCCGCUCUCUUAAACCAGCAGUUCCUCUGUGUUCAUGGAGGCCUUUCGCCCGAAAUCAACUGCUUAGAUGACAUUAGGAAAUUAGAUAGGUUCAAGGAGCCGCCAGCAUUCGGGCCGAUGUGCGAUCUCAUCUGGGCCGAUCCGGGCGAGGAUUACGGCAGUGAAAAGACCUCUGAGCACUUUAACCACAACUCGGUGCGAGGCUGCUCGUACUUCUUCAGUUAUCCUGCUGUCUGCGACUUUUUGGCAAACAACAAUCUGCUGUCAGUGAUAAGAGCACACGAAGCCCAGGACGCAGGGUACAGGAUGUACAGGAAAAGCCAGACGACCGGCUUCCCCUCGUUAAUCACCAUUUUCUCUGCUCCUAAUUACCUAGACGUGUACAACAACAAAGCUGCUGUCUUAAAGUACGAAAACAACGUCAUGAACAUCCGGCAGUUUAACUGCUCCCCACAUCCGUACUGGCUGCCCAACUUCAUGGACGUGUUCACGUGGUCGCUGCCCUUUGUCGGUGAGAAAGUGACCGAGAUGCUGGUUAACGUGCUGAACAUCUGUUCGGACGAUGAGCUCAUGUCCGAGGGAGACGACCUGUGUGAAGGCGGAGCCCCAGCAGCUCGUAAGGAGGUGAUCAGAAAUAAAAUCCGUGCCAUAGGCAAGAUGGCCAGAGUUUUCUCCGUGCUCAGAGAGGAAAGUGAGAGCGUUCUGACCCUUAAAGGACUGACACCGACUGGAACGUUACCUCUGGGAGUGCUGUCUGGAGGCAAACAGACUUUACAGAACGCCACUCUGCUGGCGAAGGAGGGCAAAGCAAUCCAAGGUUUCUCCCCAACGCGAAAGAUCCGCAACUUCGAAGAGGCGCGCGGCCUGGACCGGAUAAACGAGCGCAUGCCCCCGCGGAAGGACAGCCAGCGCACUCCAGGGACGACCGUGACCGAGAAAAACGGCACAGACGGGACGGUGUAGGGAACUCCGCCCUUCUCUUCCUCCUCCUCUUCCUCCACUGCAGUGUUCAUUUUCUCUCUGUUCAGCUCUACUCUAGAGACAGAACCGGAAACUCCUACUGUAAUGGAGAACCCAGGACUCGUGACUCUGGCGAGAGAAAGAGAGAGAGAGAGAGAGAGAGAGAGAGAGCGAGAGAGAGAGGAAGGAUAAAUCACUCACCACUAAUGAGAUUGUAAUUAUUCAAACAAAAUGUAUUGAAUAUUAGAUGUAUGUGCUAGCAGUGUUUCUUUCCAGCCCGUGGAUGGGUUUUCAAACGCCUCGGGUCUCCUUCCAGUUUCCCCAUCAGACGGGAUCGUCUGUUAACUCUGUCGGUCAGGAGAUGAUUCCGUCUUCUCGGGUUUUCCGAUGUCUUAUGUUUACGGUCGGUUUGGCUAGGGGUCACCUGAUCACGGGCUGUUCUUUAAAUCAUUUUAUGUGGUUCUGCUUGUUCGAAAAAGUCCAAAUUUCCAAUUUUAUUAGUAUUUCCUAACCCACGCCGGACGACAAAAAAGUGAACUAAAAAGAAAAUAAGUGAUUUGAGAAUCUUUUAAGAUGUAUAUUUUCCACCAAAAGCAUUUAUUUAACAGCUUUUUUUUCCUCUAUUAAUUUAUUUACCUGCCAGAGGCUCAUUUUGCCAUGUAUCGAAGGAAGAGUCGACGAUUAAAGCCCUCCAAAACCAAAGACUGGCAGGAAGACGGCUUUGAUUCUGCGUCUUGGUUGUAGCUUCGUAGCCAAAUGAACAGACUGUGUUAAACGCUGCGGCGUUCCCUUUAAAGAAAUGGCAAAAAAAUAUGAUUGGAAAAUAUCCCCAGAGCCAAAACCCUUGAAAUCCUUGAAGUGUUUUUGUGUGAGCAGUGACGAUGUCCUGAGAAUCAGCGCUUUAUUCUAACGUGUGUGUGUGUGUGUGUGUCGAGCCGAACGACGUCUCUCUUUAAUGAAAAAUGUGCAUCACCAUUUUCAUAUUUUAUACGAGUUUGUUGAUUGAUUGUAAUUCGGAAAACUUUUGUAAAAAAAAAAAAAAAAAAAAGGAGAAAUAGAAAAAAAACAGAUUAUUAAGAGCGUCGAGUUCCACUAGAGGGAAUGGGGAUUUUUUUUUUUUUUUUGGAGACAUUUUAAAUUCUCUAUUUAAAUAACUUUGAUGGUACUGUAUCUUAAAAUCUUCACGUUGGUGAUACCUGCUGUUGUGCUGUACUAGAGUCUGUUAUUUUGCCGUUUUAUUGGAUGUAAGCAGGAACUCAUCCCAUCAGCGCACUAUACCUCUUCAUUCCAGAGUGGCUGAUGUGGGGGUGGGGGGUGGGGGGUAGCUUUGAUUUGUUGUUAUUUAGACGUUGAUUUGGAGUAUUUCGUCUUUUAGAGCGGGCUUUGUUGACUUGGCUAUGUGAAAUUGCUGUGUAGCUCGUGUAUCUAGGUGAAGGAGACGGUGUGAAAUUUUACCAAAUGGUGAACGUAUCAUUUGAUUUAUAUGGAGAUGGACAAAUCGUUAGGGUGAUUUCAAGUUUGGGCUUUUUUAAUCAAUGUUUUUUUUUUUUUUUUUUUUAUUCCCACGACAACUAGCAGACCUUGUUUUAUUUCUUUUAACCACAGACAUGGUCCCAAAAGCAGCAUUUUAACGAAAUAUAUAAAUGUAAAGACAUAUCCGAAAAUCUUUUUUUUUUCUCCUCAAUUAGAUAAACAGCUCCAAAACCACAUAAAUGAUUAAUAACAUACAGUUAGCUAGUUAUCUCUGCUACCACUUUUAUUUUUUAGCCUCGUCAAUCAGGUUUCCAGAGAACGGUAGUACACUGGAGCCUGAUGAAUGUAUGAUUUGUCCACAACUAGAACUAUUUGAUUUAAAUGUAUAUUUCUGAUUGUAUUAUGGGUCAGGGGUUCAGGUUGAAGUUAAUUCUGUCGUUUUCUGCCUGCGUAUGAAUUCAUUUCUGAAACCAACUGCACAAGAUAUAAGAGGAAUGUAAUUGUUUACCUGAAACUACUAGCAGUGAGGAGAUUGGUUUUGAAAUAUUUCUGAUCAGUGGGUCCUCAUAGCUUUGCUUUGUCUCCAUGCUGCAUCAUUAAUUGGAAGUUGUAAAGGCGUACAAACUUUUGAUCAGUAGCGCCUUUGUUUGAUUGAUUAACGCGCUCGAUUCUCCACAAACACACGGCUUCGGGUUUUAAUCGCAGCUUUUCUUCAGCAAGGAACAGAAAGGAAACGGAUGUGCGAAUUCGGGUGGAGUACCUCAGGGUUCACAUCGUGGCCCUUUAAACAUUCCGGGUUUUUACUGCGUUGUUGUCACUCUGUGAGCGCCUGGGUUUCUUUUUUUACUGUCGUAUGAAGGAAACGAUUCACCCGAAUAAAUCCUGGAUUGAAGAGUGCCAGAGAUCCGGUGAUUUGUGCAGUGUGUAGGAUUUAGUUCUGGUUUUGAAGGUAAGUCAGAGAAACACAGACACGGUGUGAAGGACAUUUUGCACACUACGACCACAAGUCUUUGAUUUAAAAAAUAAAUAAAUAAAAGUUAAAAAAAAAAAAAAAAAUUUUAAAGGAUGAGCUAUUCCUACACUCUAAUACUACUUGUAACGUGACGCCACCAGUUAAUUCUUGAUUUUAUGUAGAUGUUUCACUUAAGAAGAAAAAAUAAGGAGAAAUAAAAUGAAAUGUGCAAUACUGUGUGACUGAG